AUGGCAUACUUAGAUAAGAAAGUACCAGAACUGCGUGAUAUAUGUGCAGCUUUGGGACUCCCUAAAACUGGUAAAAAAAACGAUUUAUUAUUACGCUUAGAACAACAACAGCAACGACAACAGCAACAACAACAACAACAACAAGAAAGUUUUAUAAAGCAAGAAACGAACGAAAUGCAAAUAGAUUCUGUUCCUAUUAUUCAACAACAACCACAACAACAACAGCAGGAAGUUCCAACUUCUCCACAUGUUUCAGGGACUGGUCCUUCACAUGAACAUAUAAAGUACGAAUAUGAAUCAGAUGGUCUAUUACAUGCGAUGAAUGUAGAAGAAAUUCCUACUGAAGAUUCAUCUAUAGAACAGAAUAUACCUUCCAAUGUUGAAAUGUCUAAUGAAUAUCCACAAUCAUCAAUAGAUCCUGUAGAACAUCAGCAAAAAAUUGAUCAACCUCCCACAGUUUCAUCUUCAGUAGCAACAUCACCAAUAGCAACUCAAAAUGAUGUGACCAAAGUUGAAGUAUCCACAAAUUUUGAACAAAAUAAUCAUGAUCAGUCCAAACCUUCUGAAUCUUCAGAGAAAACAUCAUCAUCUACAUAUCAAAAGGAUGAUAUUCGAUCUGAGAUAAAACGUGAACUAGCUCGUCUCAUGACGGAAAGAAAAUCACUGAAUUUAAAUAGUUCAAAAAUGUUUUCAAGGGGAAUCAUGAUGAAUCAAGGUCAAACGAAUCAAGGUCAAACGAAUCAAAAUAAACCACCACCAUAUGAUUAUGAAUCCUUAUUGGAUAUAAUGAAAAAAUCUGAAAUAUAUAAUGAUGGGGAAAUACCUGAAUGGUUAAGAUAUGAUUAUGACACAACAUUGGGAACAAAAAAAUUUGGUGAAUCAGAAUGUUUACGUAAUAUUGGAAUACCUGCCGAGGAUUUUUUCUUGCCUAUGCCUAUGCCUAUUGUGACUAAUGUGACUAAUUGA